AUGACUCUCAAAGGCUGCUGGACUUGUCGAGAUCGCAAGAUCAAAUGCGAUCGUGCGCUGCCGGCGUGUACCAACUGCCGGCAGCGAAACGUGCCGUGUCAGGGGUACAGCAUCAGGCUUUCCUGGCCCCGGCCGGGAGACAAACGAAGAGCCGUUGAGCUUAAAUCGACCCCGAAGCAGAAAAAGCACAUGUUAGCCGCGUUGUAUCAGCAUAGUCUAUUCAUAAACAUGACUAGCUGGGAUGUCGAUACGUUUUAUAAAGUGUCGAAAGCUGAAUCGAACAUGACGUUUCCGAAAAUGUCGAUUCCAGCGGCGCCGCCAUCUAUUCCCUCGAUGAGAGUGCACGACAGCCAAUCUGGAUUGUUGCAGUACUUCAUGGACAUGGGCUCUCAGCUGUUAGUGAUAGAUAGCUCAGGAGACUUGACGGACUGCAUUCUAAGGCUGGCAUUUUAUGAUGCUACACCGGCGUCAAAUUCGAUAUUGCAUAGCCUACUGGCUUUAUCGUCCCUACAUCUCGGACGAGAUAGCGUGGCGAUGAUGUACAAGAUCAUGGCGCUAUCAUACCUUCAACAAUCACUUCAACUUGGGAACAUUGGCCAUCGGACCGCUCAACACCUCCUGGCUAGCAUGCUAUUAUACCUUUGUGAGACCUUUCAUAUCUCCAAUACGACGAAAGACUGGGCCGAAUAUCUAUGCGGCGCCAAGCAGAUCGUUUCGUCCGGUGUAUUGGCCCGAGAGGUCCACAUAGAUGUUUCUCUUCUCUUUGAUUGGGUUUCCUACCACGAGACCUUUGCUCGGUUCGGCCUGGUAUACUGGAAGCCGGCAGUGGCUUUGAAGGGACUGAGAUUCUGCGCCAUGGAUCCUGAUACUGCAGGGGUCUUUGUACCACGAAACGACUUCGUCUGCGACCGGGAUGUCCUUGGCUACACAUCAUCGAUAUUCGCAAGCCUCACGCCGCGGAUCAAGGAUAGCAGCCGUCCUUCCCACUUGGAGACGCAGGAGCUUUACGCCCUGGAAGCAAAACUACGGGGAGGUCUGCUGGACUUUCACCCAUUCCACCCAUCCUCCAACGAAGCACCCAAAGAACGCGACAGGAUAACAGAACUGUACCGCCUCGCCGCUUUGAUCUACCUCAAUCGCGCAGCACUGGGUUAUUCUGGCGAGGAGCUACGCCACAGAAAUCUCGUGAGCAGAGGACUGGACAUCUUGUGCGGAAAGCUGACUUCUAUUCCUCCGUGGCCCGUGUUCAUGGUUGCCUGUGAAGCUAGGGAUGAUGCUCAACGGAUGACGGCGCUGGAGAUAUUGAAUAGAGCUGGGGAGGAGCCGCGGUCGUUUAACAUGAGGCUGAUACGGCAGCUUGUGGAGGCUUGCUGGAAUCAGGACGACUUGCAUGAUGAUGAGCCGUUGGAUUAUCACAUGAAGUUGCGUAUUGCUAUUCGAGCGGCUCCAUAUGUGCCGCCGUUUAGCUAA